AUGGCCGAUGUCGACAAACUCAACAUUGAUAGCAUAAUUCAACGUCUCUUAGAAGUGAGAGGAGCGAAACCUGGAAAGAACGUCCAACUGCAGGAGAAUGAGAUUCGUGGCUUGUGCUUAAAAUCCAGGGAAAUCUUCCUGAGUCAACCCAUUCUUCUGGAACUCGAGGCCCCUCUCAAGAUCUGUGGUGACAUUCACGGGCAAUACUAUGAUCUACUGAGGCUGUUUGAGUAUGGGGGCUUCCCCCCAGAGAGCAACUACCUAUUCUUGGGAGACUACGUGGACAGGGGGAAGCAAUCUCUGGAAACCAUUUGUCUUCUGCUCGCUUACAAAAUCAAGUACCCUGAGAAUUUCUUCCUGUUGCGCGGAAACCACGAGUGCGCUUCAAUCAACAGAAUAUACGGCUUUUAUGAUGAGUGUAAACGGAGGUAUAACAUCAAGCUCUGGAAGACUUUCACAGACUGUUUUAACUGCCUCCCAAUUGCAGCCAUUGUUGAUGAAAAGAUCUUUUGCUGUCAUGGAGGGCUUUCUCCUGACCUGCAGUCCAUGGAGCAGAUAAGGCGCAUAAUGCGCCCCACUGACGUCCCCGAUCAGGGCCUGCUGUGUGAUUUGCUGUGGUCUGAUCCAGACAAGGAUGUGUUGGGCUGGGGGGAGAACGACCGCGGUGUCUCAUUUACCUUUGGCUCGGAGGUGGUGGCCAAGUUUCUGCAUAAGCACGACCUGGAUCUGAUCUGUCGUGCACAUCAGGUUGUUGAGGAUGGCUACGAGUUUUUUGCAAAAAGGCAGCUUGUCACUCUGUUCUCUGCACCGAAUUAUUGUGGGGAGUUUGACAAUGCUGGUGCAAUGAUGAGCGUAGAUGAGACUCUCAUGUGUUCUUUUCAGAUUUUGAAACCGGCUGAGAAGAAGAAGCCCAAUGGCAGUCGUCCUGUCACUCCUCCUCGCAAUAUGGUCACCAAGCAAGCAAAGAAAUAA